CGUGUGGUGAGAGAAACAGAGAAUUGAAAAGAAAUAUUUUUCCAAAAGCAUUACCGUAUUUCACUUGUUCUUCAUUUUCGGUAACCCAAAAUCGUCCCGAUUAUUCGCCGAAACACAAAACCGAUUUCAUAUCUUUGAAGUUCGUUGAGUCCAGGUCACAAAUAUCCAAGGUUCAUUUCAUUCCGGCGUCGUUUCACCGAUCAAAAGCGACGUUGAAGUCAGGUACUCAGGAAGGCAGCCAGCACUGCGUCGGUGACGGUUUCCAGCUUUCGGUCGAUCAUUUGGACGAUCAGAAGUUCAUCCUCUUCACACAAGGAAACAUGGAUUUUGGACGGAGAAGUGUGAAAAAAUACAAUCUCAUCAAUCCAAAGAUAGAUGAACUAAAGAAAUUGGUUUCUUCGAUCGCAGAUCCUAUUGGUUUCAGAGACAGAUAUGGGGCACUUAUAUCUUUAUUGACACUUAGGAUGGAAGAAGGGUUAUUGCAGACAUUAGUACAGUUCUAUGAUCCAGUCUAUCAUUGUUUCACAUUCCCAGACUAUCAACUCAUGCCUACAUUGGAAGAGUAUGCCCAGUUGCUUCACAUCCCAGUUGCUGAUACAGUACCUUUCUCUGGUUCAGAAAAGUUACCCGAGCACAGUUCUCUUGCAAAAGUGUUGUACAUGAAGAAGUCAGAAUUCAAGAAUAACUUCACCACCAAAGGAGGACUUCCAGGUUUCACUAUUGUUCUAUUUAAUUUAGCUAAUUAA